AUGCAGCCAUCUAAAUAACAAUAAUAGUUAUCAGUUUAAGCAUAAAAAGAAAGAGGUAAUAGAAUGACAUGAUUGUUAGAUCGAUUAAAAGCUUAAAGAGAGGGAUAAUUAAAUAAAAAAGAAUAGGCUCUAAACAAAUUAAGUGAUGAAGAAGUAAUAGCUUAAUUAAAGGCAAAAGGAUUAGGAGUAUAUGGAACAAAAUAAGAGAAAUUAGAUAGAUUAAAGAAAGCAAAUGGUAUAUUUAUUAAUGUAUAAAAAGGGAUUGAAAUUGUUAAUAAUAAUAAGCCAGAAUAAGUUCCUUAAUAAUAACAAUAAGCAUAAUAAGUAGUUGUUUAAUAAUAAGCAUAAUAAUAAAAAGGAUCAGUUGUUGAUAAUAUCAAAAAGAUGGAAUAAUAAAGAGAAGAACGUCGUAAAAAUAUGUAAGAAAUGAAAAGAGAGAAGGCAGAAAGAGAAGAAUAGAAUUAAAUAUUAGGUAAAAAUGUUGAUGUAGAAUUUGAAAUUAUGAUUGAUAAAACAAGACUCAAAGGAGGAUUAAUAUAAGAACAUUAGACUACAUAAAAUAUCAAAUUAUGUGUAUGUGUUAGGAAAAGACCUAUCUUUAAAAAGGAGGAAGUUGGAGGUGAAAUAGAUGCUAUAAGUUGUGCAAAUCCUAUGAUAAGAGUGCAUGAACCUAAAUUAAAAGUAGAUGGCAUUACUAAAUAUGUAGAAAAUCAUGAUUUCUAAUUUGAUAAUACUUUUAGUGAAGUAGAAUAAGGAAAAGAUAUUUAUGAUGUUAGUUUAGCUCCAUUGAUGGAUUUAUUGGUAAAUUAAGGAGUUGUAACUUGUUUUGCUUAUGGACAAACAGGUUCUGGUAAAACUUAUACAAUGAAAAGCAUUUAAGAAUUAUUAGCUACUGAUUUAUAUAAAUUAAUAAGUACAACUCCAUCUUAUAAGAUAUUUGUAUCAUUUUUUGAGAUUUAUGGUGGAAAAUGUUAUGAUUUAUUAAAUGGUAAGGCACCAUUAUAAAUAAUGGAAGAUAAGAAUAAUAAUAUAUAGAUAUAAGGAUUAGUUGAAAAACCAAGUGAAUCAGAACAUGAAUUAUUCUAAUUAAUGGAAUUAGCUAAUUCAGUUAGAACAACUCAUGCAACUGUUGCAAAUGAUACAUCAUCUAGAUCUCAUUCAAUUUGUUAAAUUGCAAUAAGACAAGGUUAUUCUGAUAUUGGCAAAUUAAUAUUGGUUGAUUUGGCAGGAUCAGAAAGAGCAUAAGAUACAUAAUCAAAUAAUAGAUAAAGAAGAUUGGAAGGAGCUGAAAUCAAUAAAAGUUUAUUAGCAUUAAAAGAAUGCAUUAGAGCUAUGGAUUCAGGAUAAGGACAUGUUCCUUUUAGAGCAUCUAAACUUACUUUGGUAUUGAGAGAUUCAUUUACUGCAAAAUCUAACAAAUCUAGAAUUAUUAUGAUUGCUUGUAUUAGUCCUGGAAGUUCAUCUGCUGAUCAUUCAUUAAAUACUUUGAGAUAUGCUGAUAGAUUAAAAGAUAAAUCAAAUUAAGCUAAAAUAUAAUUAGAAGAAAGAGAAGUUACAAAUGAAGAAUUAUUAUAUAGAUAAUAAUAAGGAUAAGAUAGAUAAUCAGAUAAAAAUUUAGAUAAUAAUAAUAAAUAAGUAGAUAAAUAGAAUACUCCUUUAUAAUUACCAAAAAUUAAUGAUCCAAGAAAUUAAAAUAAUUAGAAUGCUGCUAAUCUUAAAAAGAAUUAAUCAUAAAUACCAGAUAAAGAAAAACCAAAAUCUUAACCUGUACCACCAAAAUAAUAGAAAAGAGUCAGUUCAAUUUAAGAAGACUCAGAUGAUGAUGUUGCAGCUGAAGAAUUAGUUAAUAAAAAGAAUGGAUAAGUCAAAGAGGAUGUUAGAUGCAUGAAAGAAACUAUGAUGAAAAACGAAUAAAAUAAUGCUAAUGGAAAUGGUAAUGAAUUCUUUGAUUUUCAUGAAAAAGUUAAUACAAUAUUGGAAGAAUAAGAUGAAAUCCUUAAUAUUCAUAUGGCUGCUAUUAAAGUAUUUUUAUAUAUAUAAUAUUUUUAGGAAGAUGCUAAAUUAUUAUAAUAAGAAAGUGAAUUAAUUUAAUCAAUUUAAGGAGUUGGAAUUGUAGAUUAUGAUGUAGAUACUUAUGUUGGUAAUCUAGAAGCAUUUAUUAAAAAAAAAUUAAAAAUUUAUAAUUUAUUGAAUAAAAAGCUUUUAGUUUUCAAGUAAUUCUAUUUAAUUAUAUAUAAUAGAACUCAUUUAAAAGAAGAAGAAGAAAUCAGUUCUAAGAUGAAGAAUACCUUCUAUUAUUGA